AUGUCGCACACAGAGGAAGCCACAAUCCGGGCGACGGCUGCACAAUUCUUCAACGCCAUCGAAGCCGGCGACAUCGCGGCGAUGAAAAGCCUGCUCACCCUCGACGCCGAGAUUUGGCACAACACGGACGAACUCGUCACUUCCCCGGACCACACGGCCAGGGUUCUCGCCGGCAUGGUCGAGCGCAUCACCAAUCUCAAGUACUCGGAUCGUCGUCUCGAUGUCUUCCCGGGAGGUUUCGUCCAGCAGCAUGUUUUGGAGGGGAAUAGGAUUCACGACGGCGAAAAGGUGCGAUUGCCGGCAGCCAUCAUCGCUCGGGUGGAGAAUGGCAAGAUCAGGAGGAUAGACGAGUAUUUCGAUACUGUCCACCAGGCGACGUUCCGCAAAUUUGUAGGAGUUCCGCUGAGGUUAUGA